AUGACUUCUGAGGGGGGUUCGUCGAGGUCGACCCUCCUCAAGCGGCUUCCAGAGGAACUGCUUGAGAUGAUUGCUAAUCGGAUUGCGUCUGCAGAUGUCCCGAACCUUGCCCUUUCCUGCAAGACAUUUCAUCGUCUUUUGACCAGCCGUUUAUACGAAGACCUGAUUCUGGUUCCUUCUCGAGAUGGCACUUUCUACCAAUUCGCCAACCGGUCCCAAAGAACCUACUUUACUGAAGAUGGUGCUCCAAUCAAGAUAUCCCCUUGGAAAUUUCUCAAAAGUCUGGAAUUCAGAGCUUUGUCUCAGACGACUGACCGCCGUACUUGCGCUCUAGAAUAUGGAGAUUGGCUAGACAAUUAUCUCGACCCAACCUUGAAGGAGAACUUCAUUUUACGCCAUAGAACACAUCGUUUCGAGUUUCUGUCGUGGGUGUCUGGCAAGAUCAAGGAUGUAUUUGGCCACAUCAAACCAAACACCCUGUCUGGAUUCAGAUGGCACCUGGGAUGCUGUGUUCCGAAUUCUAUUCUAGGAACGUCUGGGUAUAUCCCCCGUCACCAAGAGCGCAUUACGAGCUUGUCUCUUGAUAUAGAUGGCUCAUGCAGACAUGCUCCAUCUUACGAGGGACUUCUUCAGCUCAAACAACUUUGCGAAUUCUCAUGGCAGAAUUUCAACCCCGAAGGUAAUGACCUCGUGAUAUUCAGAUCAGUCCUUCGGAACAAUUCAAACCACCUUAUCACUUUGGGCGUCAAGGGACCAUCCUUCCUGUGGCCGACGCUCAAAGGCCUCGGGCUUGUAUCUUCUGACGAAGACGAAUCCAUUGAAUAUGAGUACGCUGAAGAUGAAGAUCCCGAAAACAUCGAGCUUCAUUCGCUUCAGCACCUAUCUCUCAGCCAGGUCGAUAUUGGUUCAUUGAAUGAGAUAUAUGAUUUUUCCUUUGAUCUCACGAAGCUCCGCUCUUUGAGGCUGGGGAGUUGCGGGAAUGUACCUGAUCUGUUUCGCGCCAUACAAUUGAGGGCUGUGGUCAAUCUACGAACUUUACAUUUCAUAAAUACCAACGAUGAUGAUGAUACCUGUCCAAGUGUUCUCGACGCUCUUAUCUCAUUCUUGGAAUCGUUCAGCGGUCUUGAAGAGCUUUUCAUACUCAGUAUCUACUUGAGCUCCCGCCAUUCGGAUUCUCUAGUCGCCACGGAACCCUUCCAGUCUCAUAAAAUGAAGUUGAAACGACUACUCUGCCAACCAAUAUACCACUAUGACGGCCAGAGAGAUUCUUACGUUCACGACUCUCCGCUGAUGUUUCUGUCUCAGCUAAAACAUUUGGAAGCUCUGGAAUGUUUGGGAGCCUGGGUCAGCCCAGGAUACGUGAAACAGCAAAUUCGGUCCAGCAGAAUUUCCAGAUCCAUCAAGCUUAUCCAUUUUCGAAUGGAGGGAACUUACUACUUACUACAGGAUGUCGUGAAGGAGCUAGUCAAGUCUGGUUAUCCCACAGACUUACUCCCUCCGUCUAUCCAUACAAGAGAUCAGCAGGCCCCUAAACCUGACGACAGUAACGAGGCUGAAAGAGCACCAAAAAUUCCCGAAUCUCAUUUUCUACCUAAGUUAUUCCAAUUCGCCAAAUGGGCAUUUCGACCAGAAGGACUUCCCAGCUUGCAGGUUCUUGCCUAUGGCGAUUUUGCAAACAACGACCAAAAGUGGACCCGUCUUCUUCUAUGCCGCCAUGACCCGAAUGUUUCUCUUGACUCUGGGGGUGCAUCCGAUGAUCUCCCAUUCAGACUUGUACACCCAGAAAACCAACGCUGCUUGGGGGGAAUUGAACGAGGUCGAGAGCUACUUCAUGAAUUUUCGGCUGCGCCUCCAGUUUACAAGCGAGGAAGUUUCUAG